GCUAACUGUUAGUGGACACCUUCACUUCCUACAAUGGCACAGAGAUCUGGACAGGAAGAUCCAGAGAGGUACCUCUUUGUGGACAGGGCUGUGAUCUACAACCCUGCCACCCAGGCUGACUGGACUGCCAAGAAGUUGGUGUGGAUUCCUUCAGAGCGCCAUGGUUUUGAGGCAGCCAGCAUCAAGGAGGAAAAAGGGGAUGAAGUGUUGGUUGAACUGGCAGAGAAUGGAAAAAAAGCACUAGUCAACAAAGAUGAUAUCCAGAAGAUGAAUCCCCCCAAGUUCUCUAAAGUGGAAGACAUGGCAGAACUAACCUGCUUAAAUGAAGCUUCUGUAUUGCACAAUUUAAAGGAUCGGUAUUACUCUGGGCUCAUCUAUACCUAUUCAGGGCUGUUCUGUGUAGUCAUAAACCCCUACAAGAACCUCCCAAUUUAUUCAGAAAACAUUAUCGAGAUGUACAGAGGGAAGAAGCGCCAUGAAAUGCCACCGCACAUUUAUGCAAUAUCUGAGUCUGCGUACAGAUGCAUGCUGCAAGACCGUGAGGACCAAUCAAUUCUCUGCACAGGUGAAUCUGGUGCUGGGAAGACAGAAAACACUAAGAAGGUUAUCCAGUACCUUGCUCAUGUUGCUUCCUCCCAUAAGGGAAGAAAGGACCAUAAUAUUCCUGGGGAACUGGAGCGUCAGCUUCUUCAGGCAAAUCCCAUUCUGGAAUCCUUUGGGAAUGCAAAGACAGUGAAAAACGACAACUCCUCCCGUUUUGGCAAGUUUAUUAGGAUUAACUUCGAUGUUACUGGUUACAUUGUUGGGGCCAACAUAGAGACGUACUUGUUGGAGAAGUCUCGUGCCGUUCGUCAGGCUAAAGAUGAACGGACAUUUCAUAUCUUCUAUCAACUGCUAGCUGGAGCAGGAGAACACCUGAAGUCUGACUUGCUGCUUGAAGGAUUUAACAAUUACAGAUUUUUAUCUAAUGGCUAUAUCCCCAUUCCGGGGCAGCAAGACAAGGACAACUUUCAGGAGACUAUGGAGGCCAUGCAUAUCAUGGGGUUUUCGCACGAGGAGAUCUUGUCCAUGCUGAAAGUCGUGUCUUCAGUGCUACAAUUUGGAAAUAUUUCCUUUAAGAAGGAGAGAAAUACUGAUCAAGCUUCCAUGCCAGAAAAUACUGUUGCACAGAAGCUCUGCCAUCUGCUGGGAAUGAACGUGAUGGAGUUCACCCGUGCCAUCCUGACCCCGCGCAUCAAAGUUGGCCGAGACUACGUUCAGAAAGCCCAGACCAAAGAACAAGCAGACUUUGCAGUGGAAGCCUUGGCAAAGGCCACCUACGAACGCCUCUUCCGCUGGCUUGUUCACCGGAUUAAUAAAGCUUUGGACAGGACCAAACGACAGGGAGCAUCUUUCAUUGGGAUUCUGGAUAUUGCUGGAUUUGAAAUCUUUGAGUUGAACUCCUUUGAGCAACUCUGCAUUAAUUAUACCAAUGAGAAGCUUCAGCAGUUAUUCAACCACACAAUGUUUAUCCUGGAGCAAGAGGAGUACCAGCGAGAGGGGAUAGAGUGGAACUUCAUUGAUUUUGGACUGGAUCUGCAGCCUUGCAUUGACUUAAUAGAAAGACCUGCAAAUCCUCCUGGUGUGUUAGCUUUACUGGAUGAAGAGUGCUGGUUCCCUAAAGCUACUGACAAGACAUUUGUGGAAAAAUUGGUCCAAGAGCAAGGAACCCACUCCAAAUUCCAAAAGCCACGACAGCUGAAGGACAAAGCGGAUUUCUGCAUUAUCCACUAUGCAGGGAAGGUAGACUACAAGGCAGAUGAGUGGUUGAUGAAGAACAUGGACCCUCUGAAUGACAACGUGGCUACACUUUUGCACCAGUCUUCUGACAAAUUUGUUGCAGAGCUUUGGAAGGAUGUGGAUCGUAUCGUGGGUCUGGAUCAGGUUACUGGAAUAACGGAGACGGCUUUUGGCUCUGCCUACAAGACGAAGAAGGGCAUGUUCCGUACUGUAGGGCAGCUGUACAAGGAAUCACUCACCAAGCUGAUGGCAACGCUCCGAAAUACUAAUCCCAACUUUGUCCGCUGCAUCAUUCCAAAUCAUGAAAAGAGGGCGGGAAAACUGGAUCCACAUCUGGUUCUAGAUCAGCUUCGUUGCAACGGUGUUUUGGAAGGAAUUAGGAUUUGUCGACAAGGAUUUCCAAACAGGAUAGUGUUCCAGGAAUUUAGACAGAGAUACGAGAUCCUUACUCCCAAUGCAAUUCCAAAAGGUUUUAUGGAUGGGAAGCAAGCGUGUGAGCGAAUGAUCAGAGCCUUAGAGCUGGACCCCAAUUUGUACAGAAUUGGACAAAGCAAGAUCUUUUUCCGAGCUGGCGUCCUGGCACACUUGGAAGAAGAACGAGAUCUGAAGAUCACAGACAUUAUUAUAUUCUUCCAAGCAGUCUGUAGAGGAUACCUGGCUAGAAAGGCCUUUGCAAAGAAACAGCAACAACUGAGUGCACUGAAAAUCCUGCAGAGGAAUUGUGCUGCGUAUUUAAAGCUUAGGCACUGGCAAUGGUGGAGAGUCUUCACGAAGGUGAAGCCUCUUCUUCAGGUCACUCGCCAGGAAGAGGAACUUCAGGCUAAGGAUGAGGAGUUAAUGAAGGUGAAGGAAAAACAAACAAAAGUGGAGGCAGAACUUGAGGAAAUGGAAAGGAAACAUCAACAGCUCUUAGAAGAAAAGAACAUUCUUGCAGAACAGCUGCAGGCUGAGACAGAACUCUUUGCAGAAGCUGAGGAGAUGAGGGCUCGUCUAGCUGCCAAAAAACAAGAGCUGGAAGAAAUUCUUCAUGAUCUGGAGUCAAGGGUGGAGGAGGAAGAGGAGAGAAACCAAAUACUGCAGAAUGAGAAAAAGAAAAUGCAGGGACAUAUUCAGGACCUAGAGGAGCAGCUUGAUGAGGAGGAAGGAGCUCGGCAGAAGUUGCAGCUUGAAAAAGUGACAGCUGAAGCAAAGAUCAAGAAGAUGGAAGAAGAGAUCCUAUUGUUGGAGGACCAAAAUUCCAAAUUUUUGAAGGAAAAGAAGCUGAUGGAGGAUCGAAUUGCUGAGUGCACUUCUCAGCUGGCUGAAGAAGAAGAAAAAGCCAAAAACUUGGCCAAACUGAAGAAUAAGCAAGAAAUGAUGAUCACUGAUUUAGAAGAGCGAUUGAAAAAGGAAGAAAAGACCCGUCAAGAGUUAGAAAAAGCUAAGAGGAAACUUGAUGGUGAAACAACAGACCUACAGGACCAAAUAGCUGAACUGCAAGCCCAGAUUGAAGAACUGAAGAUCCAGCUGGCCAAGAAAGAGGAAGAGCUGCAAGCUGCUCUUGCAAGAGGUGAUGAAGAAGCAGUUCAGAAAAACAAUGCCCUGAAAGUGAUAAGAGAGUUACAGGCUCAAAUUGCAGAACUCCAGGAGGAUCUUGAGUCUGAGAAGGCAUCACGCAACAAGGCAGAAAAACAGAAAAGGGACUUAAGUGAGGAGUUGGAGGCUUUAAAAACUGAACUGGAAGAUACGUUGGAUACUACUGCAGCACAGCAAGAGCUGAGGACAAAGCGUGAACAGGAGGUUGCUGAACUAAAGAAAGCAAUUGAAGAGGAAACCAAGAACCAUGAAGCACAGAUCCAGGAAAUCAGACAGAGGCAUGCUACUGCCCUGGAAGAGCUCUCUGAACAACUUGAACAGGCCAAAAGGUUCAAAGCAAACCUUGAAAAGAACAAGCAAGGUCUAGAGUCUGACAACAAGGAGUUAGCCUGUGAAGUGAAGGUAUUGCAGCAGGUCAAAGCAGAGUCUGAACAUAAGAGGAAGAAGCUUGAUGCUCAGGUACAAGAGCUAACUGCCAAGGUCGCAGAAGGCGAAAGACUGCGGGUGGAGCUGGCAGAGAAAGCCAACAAGCUGCAGAACGAGUUGGAUAACGUCUCAAGUCUCCUGGAGGAAGCAGAGAAGAAAGGUAUUAAGUUUGCCAAGGAUGCAGCUAGUCUGGAAUCUCAACUUCAGGAUACCCAGGAGCUGCUUCAAGAAGAAACCCGCCAGAAACUCAAUCUUAGCAGUAGGAUUAGGCAGCUGGAAGAGGAGAAGAACAAUCUUCAAGAGCAGCAGGAAGAGGAGGAGGAGGCCAGGAAGAACCUGGAGAAACAAAUGCUAGCCUUGCAAUCACAGUUGGCUGAUGCUAAGAAAAAGGUAGAUGAUGACUUGGGAACCAUUGAAGGUUUGGAGGAAAAUAAGAAGAAACUGCUGAAGGAUAUGGAGUCUUUGAGCCAGCGUCUAGAAGAGAAGGCAUUGGCUUAUGACAAACUGGAAAAGACCAAGAAUCGCCUGCAGCAAGAGCUGGAUGACUUGAUGGUAGAUCUAGACCAUCAGCGCCAGAUUGUUUCUAACUUGGAGAAAAAGCAGAAGAAGUUUGAUCAGAUGCUGGCAGAAGAGAAGAACAUUUCUGCCAGAUAUGCAGAGGAGAGAGAUCGUGCUGAGGCAGAAGCAAGGGAGAAGGAAACCAAAGCACUCUCUCUGGCUCGGGCUUUGGAAGAAGCACUGGAAGCUAAAGAAGAAUUUGAGAGGCAGAACAAACAGUUGCGUACCGAUAUGGAGGACUUAAUGAGCUCUAAAGAUGAUGUGGGCAAAAAUGUCCAUGAGCUGGAGAAAUCAAAACGAACUUUAGAGCAACAGGUUGAAGAGAUGAGGACUCAGCUUGAGGAACUGGAAGAUGAACUGCAGGCCACAGAAGAUGCAAAGCUUCGUCUGGAGGUGAACAUGCAAGCCAUGAAAGCCCAGUUUGACAGAGAUCUACAAGCCAGAGAUGAGCAGAAUGAAGAGAAAAAGAGGAUGCUCGUUAAACAAGUGCGAGAGCUGGAGGCAGAACUAGAAGAUGAGCGCAAACAGAGGGCUCUGGCUGUGGCAGCCAAGAAGAAAAUGGAAAUGGAUCUAAAAGACCUGGAAGGUCAGAUAGAAGCUGCAAACAAGGCUCGGGAUGAAGCAAUCAAACAGCUACGUAAGCUUCAGGCUCAAAUGAAAGAUUACCAACGGGAGCUGGAAGAAGCACGUGCAUCCAGAGAUGAGAUUUUUGCACAGUCCAAAGAGAGCGAAAAGAAGCUCAAGAGUCUUGAAGCAGAAAUCUUGCAGCUUCAAGAGGAGUUUGCCGCAUCCGAAAGAGCCCGUCGCCAUGCUGAGCAAGAAAGGGAUGAGCUGGCUGAUGAGAUUGCAAACAGUGCUUCAGGAAAGUCGGCGCUGCUGGAUGAGAAGCGCCGCCUGGAAGCCCGUAUCGCACAGCUGGAAGAAGAGCUUGAGGAAGAGCAGAGCAAUAUGGAGCUUCUCAACGAGCGGUUCCGAAAGACCACGCUGCAGGUUGAUACACUGAAUUCUGAACUAGCUGGAGAGCGGAGUGCUGCCCAGAAGAGUGAAAAUGCACGGCAGCAGCUGGAGAGGCAGAACAAAGAGCUGAAAGCCAAGCUGCAGGAACUGGAGGGAUCUGUGAAGUCUAAGUUCAAGGCAACAAUUUCUACUCUAGAAGCCAAGAUUGUGCAGCUAGAAGAACAGCUUGAGCAAGAAGCCAAGUAAGCACAGUUUGUUUGCUGGUAUUUGCUCUCUAACCUCCAGCGUACUGAACCUAAGGUGGUGGAAGUCUUCAUGCAGGUGGAAGAUGAGCGUCGGCAUGCAGACCAGUACAAGGAGCAGAUGGAAAAAGCAAAUGCCAGGAUGAAGCAGCUCAAACGCCAACUGGAGGAGGCUGAGGAGGAAGCGACUCGUGCAAAUGCUUCCCGACGUAAACUUCAGCGUGAGCUGGAUGAUGCCACAGAGGCCAACGAGGGCCUGAGCCGUGAGGUCAGCACCCUGAAAAACAGGCUUAGGAGGGGGGGCCCCAUCACCUUCUCCUCGAGUCGCUCUGGACGGCGCCAGCUGCACAUCGAAGGGGCCUCCCUCGAGCUCUCUGACGACGACGCGGAGAGCAAAGGCAGCGACGUGAACGAAGCGCAGCCCGCCCCCGCGGAGUAGAGCCCCGCGCACCGCUGCAUGCAGAGACCUUCUCCACAGUAGUCAGCAGAACAAGGAGGACUUACGUGACCACCAAACUGCCUUGUGGCCUCAAAAUCUGCCUUAUGACGAGUCGGCAUGCUACAAGGUUACUUAUCAUAGGUCAACUAUGUCUUAAGGCUCUCUAGCCUCAACAUACUGUACCCUGCUUCAGAUAUAGGUACAACUGGUUUUUUUUUUUUAUAUAUAUAGUAAACAAAAUGGGAUCGUCUCUGUUCAGUGCAGACACUCAUAUUUUCCAGACAGUCAUUGUAAAGCCAUUUUAUAAAGCAUCAUGUGAAGGAUAAAACUUUUUUUUAUCAAUACAGAAACUUCAUUCCCAGAGGGUAGGUGGUUGGGACAGACCCAUUGUCAUGACUAUGCAUGCUUUGUUGUACAGACAACAUCCUUCCAUUUCUUCUGUGCUCAGGCGGCCCUUGGCCGUGCUGGGUCUAUUGGAUCAUUGAAGACCAAACUACACCUGUAUCUUUCUUUGCUCCUACUUGGUGCGAUCCGCACACAAUCAGCAAGCGAACUGUGAAAAGGCCUUGGGAAGUGUUAGGAGGGAAGUGUAGGGAUGAGUGAGUAGUGUCUGUUUUUUUUAACCUGCAGUAUCAUUUUGAAGUGUUCUCAGCACCCGCUUCACCCAUUAGUGUUCGUGCAGUACAGGCGACCUGAACUAGCGUCACCGCUCCUCAUCU